CAAGCUGGAACUGGAAGAAAGAGUUACCAUAGAGCGAACAAAAUGUCCCUCUCUUCGCCAAGUUUCGCUCUCGACGGCCACGAUAAGUAUGAGUCGGCCGCCACCGCGCGUCUGCGAUCUCUUCAGCAAAAUGCUGGGGAGAAUUCACCUUAUGAACACACCACUCUCACUCAAUCUUAUAAAAUACUGUAUACUUCUUCUGAGUUAGACCACUUAAUACUACUGACGAGGAGGUAUUAAGUGAGAGCGUGAAAGACCACGACGAACAAGAUUCACAUAGCUUCUUCUUCCGCAAAGCAUUUUCGUUCCCAUUGAUUCUUGAGAUAAUAAUGAUAAAAUGGCAAAAAUCGAAGUCGAACGCUGCUCUAAUUGCCGUCCGCAUCUCUCAUAGUCGGCUCCGCAUCACUCAUCACGCUGGAUGGUGGGCAGGAGCAGACUCCUGGAAACUCCGGAGCGCGAGGAGGCUCGACGGGUGGGGCCACUUCGUCAUCCACUGUUCUUAUGUCUUUGUGGAGGACGUCGUUGGUCCUCGUUGUUGGUCCUCCUUUGGAGUUGUGUAGAGAUGGCUGUAUUGUUGAAGAUGAACAGAUGUUGUACUAGUGGAGGAACUGAACUACAGGCGAAAAGAUGAACUCUACUUACACUUCAAUUUAUAAUAUGGACGCUUUUCUUCUCCUUGCAUCUUCCGAUGCAAUUCUGAACCACAACUGGCUAGAGGACAUGAUCAAAGGACAACUAGGACAACUUCUUAAGCCCUACUUUUAAAUCUUUUGUUUGGCAUUCACUCACUCGCCCGUCUAUACGUCAUGAUGUGUCUGCUAGUCCACCACUCCUAGACCACUCACAUUUUCUAAGACACCCCACAAGCACAAAACACGCACUUCCAGCCGGAGUGUCUCACCUCCUCGUCGGAGCCCACCGAUCGUGUAUCAGAGUCGGAGUCUAGAGGACGAGGACUCACGGCCAAGGACGCAGAUGGAGCGAGCAGCGCAGGUCCUAGAACACGAAGCAAAUGUGAGGGGGAAUCCCUUGUACUUGCAAAAACAAAAACGAGAAGCAACGGAAGCGCUUCUGAGAAGUCCAGAUUUAUGACGUGGAGCAGUUCUACAAGAUGAAGUUGUACUUCUAGGUUGUUGAAGUUUUCACAAUUUGCUUUUGUGUUUGUGUAGUUGUUCAAGUUGCAAAUUCAAUGUGUAAAAAAACGCUAAUUCUACUAGUUCUUGCAGUUGUACUUCAUCUAGAAUCCGCAACUCUAAUAUGUAACUGCUCCUACUCCACAGUAAUAUUAGCAAUAGCUUACACUCACGGCACCGCCAUCACUUCGUCCUGCUCCUUUCAUACUAGAAUCCUUUUGGCACAGCUAUCCAUAGAGCCGACGUGCGCGAGCAGGUGGGAACCUUGCUAGACGACCGAACGCUCGGUGCGUCAGCCUUGCGAAAUAAACAGAAAUUGUCGGUGCACCAGCUUCUGGGCGAAAAGUCGGCUUACGAUGUAUGAUAAGGGAACGAAUUCAGUACGUAGAAGUUGUAGUUGUUGAUCUACUUCUUAGAUAAUAAAUGACGAGACCUUUGUUUGACUUUGUUAAAAAUGAAUGUAGUUCAUGUCUGAACUACUACUAGAAAGUAGUAGUCCUCUUCUUCAUUCCCUCUUCUCUCCACGAAAC